AUGGAGGCCGACGAGUAUUUCCGGGCCUAUGAGGCGAUGAAAGAGGAAGAAGAAGCCGGAUGCGCCGAGCGACUGCCCCUCAAAAUCAGCGACCCGUGCGGCAUCACGAAAAUCGUGUGGAGCUCGUUCGAUUUUAUGUCGGGUCCUGCAUUAAAAUACGUGUGGGACGUCGUCCACAACGACGGCCUGCUGACGCCCGUGAAUUUGAGCGGUGAAGAGUUUUCUGAAACGCAUUCCCUCAACGGGUCGUCCCUCUCGGCGAAUUCGGUGCAAUUUGAGGAUAUCGACGACCCGCUGAAGCACCAACUACUCACCACGUCGGAUGAGAUCCAGAUCGACACCGGGUUGGACAUCUACAAUUCGUCUCCAAUUUUAACUUUCAAGGGCGGAAUGGGCCAGUUUUUGGACGACUACAUGACGGAUAGUCGGAGCACGGCGACGGAGGGGACUAAUACGAUUGCAAAUACGUCGAUGAUUAGCACGCUUACCUCACCACAACACGACUCGCCAAACCAGUCUUCGCCUGUGGAUCCGGUCGUGGAAGAACUGCAUCCGGCCUCCGAACCUGCGACUGUAUCGACGUCUCAUUCGAGCGGAAACACGGUAUUGAGCCGCCCGGAUCCGGAAGCGCCGCCAUUGAUUCGGCGGGCCGAUUUCAUGGACGAAUCGGUAGAAGGGCAAGCCGGCGAUGAGUUCUCGGAUGAGCAGGAUGGGAAUAGGCUUCCAGAACUAAUGUCCUGCUUCGACUCGGGCAUCGCCGGCACCACCUCCACCCACUCGGAUCUCAGCGCCUUCUGCAACUCACCUGCCGCCCAGGCCACCGAGAAGCUGCUCGAGCUGUCGAUUAUGGAGAACAGCAUUUUUAAAAAGCGAUAUUCGACCGACGGGGAGGAGUCCGAGGUACACCUCGACCCGCCCGACGACCAGCCCUCCGACGAGAGCUUCAUCGCCAAGUUCGUGCUCGCCGAGCAGAUUUGCAGCACUCAACUCCCCUCAAAUCCGCUGAUUGUCAAAAUUACGUGCGUGCCAGAUCGGAGCCUCCUCGCCGUCUCGUUCCUUUUCUCGCUCCCGUGGGUGGAUAGUGAUGAGGACAUGCACACGAUGAACGCCUUCUCGCUGUUGAUGGCGCAUAAAAAACUCGAAUGGUUCAUGCAACGAGAGCAAGUUUUCGAGGGCAUCAUGUCGGACAUUGUACCGCGCAUCAAGGCGUCGUUGUUAGAGGAAGACUUCGAGGACUCGAUCAUCCGCAUGACCACCGAGUUCACGCACCUCCUGAACUUCUUCGGGUCGCUGGAGCGCUACCCGUUGUUGCCGAAUGGCAUUCUACCGAAGGUCCGCCAAACACUGCUCUCCGGCGUCGAGUUGGCCGACAACAAGCUGUUGACCAGGGCAAUUUCCGGCGUGCUUCAAAGCCAGGGCUUUUGCGUGGUCAUUGGAGAUGAUCCCGCGGCGGUGGCAAAAAUGCUCCACACCUUGGCGCUGUUCAUCCCGGCCGAAUUUCGGUGGAACUGCCUGCGCUCGCAGAAUGGGCCCUACUCGCCGUAUGUACGGCUGCAGACGGUACCAAGGCAAGAACUCCCCGAAGUAGUGCUCCAUGGCGCUGGCUGCGAGUGGCCACUAUGCCUGGUAGACUUGGACCGGAAAAAGGUCUGCCUCUCGUCCAGCUACUCAAAGCAUCGACUGCUGAAGCGCAAGCUCGACCUCCACGGCAUCCAGUCAAUCCUUGAGCAGCUCGGCCCGGCCUCCCGGAGCAAAUUCCGGCUCGAGCUCAGCCCGGUCAAGACGAUCGAGUGCGUGCGAUGGCUCGUUCGCCACCUCGAGCUCCUUCCGCCUGAAGAAUCGGCUAGAAAGGGACUCAUCAACCAGUUUCUCCUCUUCAUCAAGAAUUCCGCGCUGGCGCUGAUCGAAUCCGUCCGGGCGUCAAGCGAGCCACUCCCAAACGAAAAAGAAUGCGGCGCUCGCUCGGCCCAAUUCUCCCUCUCCGACGUCCGCAAAUCGCUCGACCUGACGAACGACGGCCUCUUCCACGCCGUCCUCGCCAAGGCCGAGCUGCUGAAGCCGCAGAUCGCCGAGUUCAUCUACCAA